AUUGUUAUUGCUGCUAAUGAUAUGACACUGACGCUUGCAGAACAAGUCAAAAUCAACUUAACACAUUACAACCAAUGGUCUGAUGUUGUAAUACAUGCAGUUAGCAAUGAAUUGUUUGCUAUUUCAGGAAAACCUCCACAGAAACUAGAUGAUAAGGAGAUAGAUGUUGAAUGGAUAGUUCCUAAAACCAACUCAAAUUCUAAAUUAUCCGUUGAUGAGAUUAACCAAUGGUUUAAGAGAAUUGCAGAGAUCCACGGUAACCCACCUCAACGUAUAGCUAUUGCCGUGGUGAACGACGAUGGAACUAUAGUCUACUAUUUCAUACAUGAGGGUAUAGUUAAGCCUAGACAGAAUUAGUUAUUAAUAUUAUAUCUAUACAUUCUAUAAAUUUAUCGUUGUCGUUUUUU